UCGUGGUAGUGAGCUCACGGAAUCCCCGCCGGUUUGGAUUCAAUUCAGAUUCUGAAUAGAAUCGUAAAAUUCUAUCCAUCAACGCCGAUUUUUCCUCUUUAAAUUCUUCUCUUCAUCUCUCACUACACUCCACCAACAUCAGCGUUGAAAUUUUAGAGGGAGAGAGAGACUCUUUUUCCACAUACAUUUGAUUUCCUGGGCUACGGGUAUACACCACUUUGAUGAUUCAUUAUCCAAUCGAUAUUGUUGCGCGCUUUUGAUUCAUCUCUUGGCAUCUUUAAUCUUUAUUCCGAGAUUCUUCUUUUCUCCAAAGGCAAGCUGAAAGCAAUGGCGGUAACGAUGAAGCAAAUGGCUCUUAUAGUAGCAUUCCUUGGGGUGCUCUCCUUCAUUCUUGGGGUUGUUGCUGAAAAUAAAAAGCCUCACUCUGGAACCCCGAUAACAGGGAAGGGCGUUGUCAUCUGCAAAUACCCAUCCGAUCCAUCUGUAGCGUUGGGAUAUUCAUCGUUUGCAUUCCUUGUUAUCUGCAUGGUUGCUGGCUGGUAUUCUCUAUUUUACCCCUACAAAGGGAAGCAUGUUCCUAAGGAGGCAUUAUUCCAAAACAAAGGCUUCCUUGUCUUCUUUGGUGUGGCACUGUCAACGGCUGCAUUAGCUGUGGUGAUGUUGUUGUGGCCUACAAUCACAGAGCACCUUCACCACACCAACAAUGUUCAUCACAAUUUGGAAACCUCGUGCCCUACGGCCAAGACUGGACUUCUCGGUGGAGGAGCUUUUCUAUCCCUCGAUGCGUGCCUCUUCUGGUUGGUCGCAUUGAUGUUGGUAGACAACGCUCGUGCCGAUUACUUCGAUGAAUUAGAUGGCAAAGCUGCAGGGGGUUAUGAAGCUGAGCCAAUCAAGGGCAGUGCUUGAAAGCUAGCAAUUCAUGCCUUAAGGCUUAGUUUAUUCUACUUACCUCACUAUUGCCUUUUUCUUUUGUUUUCUUGCAAAUGGAUAUAUAUAAAACUCUCUCUGCUGUGUAAGUAUUCACUCCGUUGGUUCACAUUGCCCUCAUUUUAAAGCUAUUAUUAAAUGGUAAUUUGUGAAUUUAUUA